AUGGGAACCAAACUCCUGGAAAUAUGUGGUUUCAUCAAAGCACAAAUACUGAACAGCGAUACGGAUGGGUUGCUCAUACGCAUACAAAUGAUCAGGGCGAUCGGUAUAGUUGCCCUCUUCAAGGGAAAUCUUCAGUGUGAAGUUCCUCUGUUUUCUUUUCUUUUCUGUUCUGGUGUGGUACUGGCCGCCACUGUUAGCUAUGGUGUGGUGUGGUGGCAGCAUGCACAGUUCACUGAGAAGCUCUUUGGCCCAAAGCGUCCACCUGAUCUUUCCGGCCUCCUCAUCGUUCGCCGUGUCACCCCCGCCGCCAUGUGGAUAGGCGGCGCCACUGCUGCCUCUGCCUCCAAUGUGCUGCGGCACUACGGGCGGUGCUACUGGGAGCUCUCCAAAGCCCGCCUCAGGUGCACUGCCGCCUCCACCUCCGACAUGCUGCGGCACUAUGGGCGAUGCUACUGGGAGCUCUCCAAAGCCCGCCUCAGUGCACUUGUUGUGGCAACAUCGGGGGCUGGAUAUGUGCUCGGGAGUGGCAGCAUCGUAGACAUUGCUGGACUUUGCUACACAUGCACUGGUACCAUGAUGGUUGCAGCAUCUGCCAACACUCUCAACCAGGUGUUCGAGAUAAAGAAUGAUGCUAAAAUGAAUAGGACAAUGCGACGGCCCCUACCAUCAGGGCGUAUUAGUCCUGUGCAUGCUGCCAUGUGGGCUACAAGUGUUGGAGCUGCAGGAACAGCAUUAUUGGCUUGCAAGGCUAAUUACUUAGCUGCUGGGCUUGCAGCAUCCAAUCUCAUUCUGUAUGCAUUUGUGUACACUCCACUGAAGCAAAUACACCAUGUUAAUACAUGGGUGGGAGCAGUUGUUGGGGCCAUUCCGCCACUUCUAGGGUGGGCAGCAGCAGCAUCUGAAGUGUCACUCAACUCUAUGAUUCUGCCUGCUGCUUUGUACUUUUGGCAGUUACCACAUUUCAUGGCCCUUGCGUACUUAUGCCGUGACGACUACGUUGCUGGAGGGUACCGAAUGCUCUCUUUUGCUGAUCCUAGUGGUACAAGAACUGCAUGGGUAUCACUCAGGAAUUGUCUCUACAUGCUGCCAUUGGGGUUACUUGCAUACAACUGGGGUCUAACAUCUGGAUGGUUCAGUUUUGAAGCAUCACUUCUAACGACGGGCCUUACCAUUGGAGCCUUAUCAUUUGUACUGGAUCCUACUCACAAGAGUGCAAGAAGAAUGUUCCAUGGCAGCCUUUUGUAUCUUCCUGCUUUAAUGGCAGGACUUAUAUUGCAUCGGCUGCCUAACCAAUGAGACUAGCGAGAUCGCUGGAGUUCUUUGUGUUGCUGAGCUGCGGGACGACGAAGAAAGAGCUAGACAGAAAAGGGAACAUCAUCGUGCUCAGUCACGCCCUGCAGU